CCUACUAGACAAUUCUUCAGCAAUUUGUCCAUUACCCUACCCUUAUAUAUCUAAAGUGUAAUAUGUUGCAUGCUACUUUCCUAAUAAAAGUACUUGCACUCUCCAACUGCGUUGACGCACCUGUGAAAUGUACUAGUAAAAUAAACACAACUUCAAUUGGUCAACACUGCGAAACUGUCUCCAUCUGAGUGAUCUUUUUGGCGCUAAUUCAAAAUGUGCUACAUCAAAGGUGCCUUUUCGUUUUUCCUCUUUUGUUUAGUUGCUUCAGAAAAUGUUACGGAACACCCAGAUACACCGGAGUAUAUAAUUCCUUGUUACAAAUCAGAUCCCGAGCUAAAUAAAUGUGUUACAAAUACAUUCAACCAUUUGAGGCCCUACUUAAUCAAUGGUAUAAAAGAUAUCAACGUUCCUAGCAUUGAUCCUUUCAAGAUUGAAAGGAUUGUUAUUGAGAAUGGCCAAGGACCAUUCAGGAUAAGAGCUUCCUUUUUCAACGUCACCGCAGGAGGAGCAAGUAACUAUUCGAUACAAUCAGUAAAUGCCGAUGUUGAUCGAUAUACUAUUGAAUUAGGUGUUAAGUUACCACGGAUAGAAAUAAGAGGAAAAUAUGACGUCAAUGGAAACGUUCUUCUCUUUCCAGUUAGAUCUAAGGGUGACUUCUGGGCAAUAUUUUUGGAUAUAGAUGCUGCCGCAAAAAUAUACGGAAAGGAAAUAAAAAACAAGGAGGGCGUGAGGUUCAUGAAAAUAGACAAAAUGUUUGUUGACUUCCGAUUCAGCAAGAGUAGAUUCAGAAUAAAGGAUAUUAUAAAUCAUGGAAAUGUGAUAGGCGAAGCAAUGAACCAAUUCCUGAACAACAACUCAGAGGAAAUCAUCAAAGAAAUGAAACCAGCAGCGACCACAGCUAUAGCUAAACAUUUCAAAACUUUCUUGAAUGCAGCAUUUCUUCGACUUCCUUUGAAGGUAUGGUUACCAGAUGCGUGAAGAUGUUACUAUGUAACAUCAUGACUGAAAUCUAUGUGUUAUGCUAAGUU